UCAAGCCAACAAAGCUCACAAGCAGAAUCAGCAGAACUACUGCAAGCACUUCCAGUUUCACAGAAUUACUGUUACUGGCAGCAGAACUGGCUGCUGUGACCACACCAGCUCUGCUCCAGCUGAAAAACUCAAAUACCAAUAAAAUUUGCCUCACACUGGCACCUCCUGGGAGGCCCCACAACCCCUGCUGGCAGCAAAACCCAGAGCUCCUGCUGAGCAAGCAAAAGCACCUUCUCAAGGAACAAAAAUCCCUGUUCUGUGCCAUUUGAUGUGGGUCUGGGCUUUCCAGGAACAAUCCCACACUCUCCCUGCCCUGAUUGGGCCCCCAGGUUCCAUUUCCAAACCCAGAGAUUUUGGGAGUGCUCCCCUUUAGCUGGCCCUGUCUUGCAAGAAUCAAUGGUUGCUCUUUUUCCCUGCUAAAAGUUCUGCAGGAUCUUCAGCAGGUCGGCUCCUCCUGCUGGAAUUUCACUGAUCCAGAUGCUCUGGAGAUGUUUGAUCUUUUGCUCCUGGGUAAAUCCUGACCCCAAGACAGCUUUCCCUUCUUAUUCCCAUCCUCCUGAUCCCAGCAGAGAGCACAGAGCUCCACCUAGUGUCCUCCUGCCUUCCCGCGGGUUCUAACUCGUGUUUCUCAACGAAAACAUAAAGCAAUUCCAGCUUUAGCUGUCAGCUUUACUGAAUUCUGUCAUCCUCGGUGCCAGGGCUGUCGAGCAGCCAAGUCCAGCACUGUCCCAAGUUUGGCUGAACUCAGACCAUUACAAAUCUAAGCAGAUAAAAUAUGAUAAUUUCCCCUGGGUUUUCUUGCUGAGUCCCAUUACUGAAUAAUUUCCCAAAAACACAUCAGUAAUUUAGGCCAGGAUUUGUACAGAUCACAGACCUACAGCAGUCACACCUGUUUGUCCUGAGUGGGAUGAGGGGGAGAGCUCAUGACCUGUCCUCAGGACAAGAAACACGAGGAGCUGCUGGAGGGGUCCAGCGGAGGCCACAAAGGUGAUUUUGGGGUCUGGAGCAUUUCCCUCAUGAGGAGAGACUGCGGGAGCUGGACUUGGUUAUUCUGGAGAAGGGAAGGCUGAGAGGGGAUCCCAUAAAUCCAUAAAAUACCCCCAAGGGGUGUCAGAGGACGGUGCCAGGCUCUGUUCAGGGAUAGGACAAGAAGCAAUGGCCAUAAAAUAAACCACAACGAGUUCCACCUCAACAUGAGGAAGGACUUUUUUUCCAUGAGGGUGGCAGAGCCCUGAACAGCUGCCCAGGAAGGGCCUGCAGUCUUCCUCUGUGGAGACAUCCCAAACCCACCUAGACGUGUUACUGUGUCACCUGCUCCAGGUGACCUGCCUGGGCAGGGGGUUGGACUGGAUGAUGUCCAGAGGCCCCUUCCAACCCAAACUCCUCUGAUGAUUCUGUGGCCUCUUCAGAGCCCUGCCUCCCGCUCCGUUAUGCCGGGAUGGAGCCGAAGGGCCGUUGCCGAGGUGUGCUCCCGAGGGCUGAGGCGGCUGUGCCCUCAGAGACCGGACCGACCCGGGCCCGCUAUCCCUGAGGGAGCCGAGGCCGUGAGGGCAGCCGAGAUCUCGCGAGAUGCCGCCAUCGGGAGCAGCUGCGGGGGCCAACACCUCGCGAGAUCCCGACUCACACCGCUCACCCCCGCACGCGCCGCAGCAGCCGCGCUCUCUCAUUGGCCCGGCUCCCGCGCGCGCGCCGACCCUCCACCAAUCAGCAGGCGGCGGAGGGAGACCCUGCGCUGCGCGCGCUUGGCCCCGCCCACCCUCCUCGCGCCCCUCCCGCCUUUCCUCCCCCGCACCCCCGGCACGGCUGAGGGGGCGCGCGGUGCACGCCGGGACGGCAGCGCGCGCCGCGGCCGGGAGGAGGCGGAGGAGCCAAGAUGGACGCCGGGUUCUUCCGCGGAACCAGUGCAGAGCAGGACAAUCGCUUCAGCAACAAGCAGAAGAAGCUGUUGAAGCAGUUGAAGUUUGCAGAAUGCUUAGAAAAGAAGGUGGACAUGAGCAAAGUAAAUCUGGAAGUAAUCAAACCAUGGAUAACAAAACGAGUAACAGAAAUCCUUGGAUUUGAAGAUGAUGUAGUAAUUGAAUUUAUAUUCAACCAGUUGGAAGUGAAGAACCCAGAUUCCAAAAUGAUGCAAAUCAACCUGACUGGUUUUUUGAAUGGGAAAAAUGCUAGGGAGUUCAUGGGAGAACUGUGGCCACUGCUAUUAAGUGCACAAGAAAACAUUGCUGGUAUUCCAACUGCAUUUCUGGAACUGAAGAAAGAAGAAAUAAAACAACGACAGAUAGAGCAGGAGAAACUGGCUUCCAUGAAGAAACAAGAUGAAGACAAAGAGAAGAGAGAUAAGGAAGACAAAGACAACAGAGAGAAAAGAGACAGAUCCAGGAGUCCAAGAAGGCGCAAGUCCCGCUCCCCGUCCCCGCGGCGCCGCUCGUCUCCCGUGCGCCGCGAGCGCAAGCGCAGCCACUCGCGCUCGCCCCACCACCGCACCAAGAGCCGCAGCGCCACCCCUGCCCCCGAGAAGAAAGAGGCCACUCCUGAACCAGAGCCCUCCAUCAAACCAAAGGAGACCGUGGUGCAAGAGGCGACUUCAAACAGUGAUAUUCCAAAACCUCCUAAACCUGAACCUCCUGUACCAGAGACUAAGGAAACUUCACCAGAACGUAAUUCAAAGAAGGAGAGAGAGAAGGAGAAGGAGAAGACUCGUCAGAGAUCCCCAACUCGAUCCAAGUCCAGGUCACGAUCCCGGUCCCGUUCUCCAUCUCAUUCUCGACCCAGAAGGCGCCAUAGAUCACGGUCAAGGAGGCGACCCAGCCCGCGGCGCCGGCCGUCCCCGCGCAGGAGGAGCCCGCCCCGCAGGAUGCCUCCCCCACCCAGGCACAGGAGGAGCAGAUCCCCCGUCAGGCGGAGAAGACGCUCCUCGGCCUCGCUGUCGGGCAGCAGCUCCUCGUCGUCGUCGUCGCGCUCGCGCUCUCCACCAAAGAAGGCUCCCAAGCGGCCGGCGGCCAGCCCCCCGCGCAAGGCGCGCCGCCUGUCGCCCUCGGCCAGCCCGCCCCGGCGCCGCCACCGGCCCUCGCCCCCCGGCAGCCCCCCGCCCAAGCCCCGCCGCUCGCCCUCGCCGCAGCAGCCCGGCCGCGCCCGCAAGAGCCGCGCCUCCGCCUCGCCCGCCAGGGCCGCAGCACCCAAACAUAAGAGUACCGAGAAAAGAGAAUCUCCUUCGCCAGCACCCAAGCCCAGGAAAGCAGAAUUGUCGGAAUCAGAAGAAGACAAAGGAGGCAAAAUGGCUGCAGCAGAUUCUGUCCAACAGAGGCGCCAGUACAGGAGGCAAAACCAACAGUCUUCAUCUGAUUCUGGUUCCUCAUCUUCCUCAGAAGAGGAGAGGCCCAAGAGGUCGAACGUGAAGAACGGGGAGGUGGGCAGGCGCCGCCGGCACUCGCACUCGCGCAGCCCCUCGCCCUCGCCCCGCAAGCGCCAGAAGGAGUCCUCCCCUCGCAGGAGGAGGAGGAGCCCCUCGCCGCCCCCCACGCGCCGGCGCCGCUCCCCUUCCCCGGCGCCGCCGCCCCGGCGCCGCCGCUCGCCGUCCCCACCCCGCCGAAGGUCUCCGUCACCGCCCCCGCGCAGACGCUCCCCCUCUCCACGGAGAUAUUCCCCCCCAAUCCAGAGGAGAUACUCCCCGAGUCCCCCUCCCAAGAGGAGAACAGCCUCUCCUCCUCCCCCUCCCAAAAGAAGGGCCUCCCCUUCCCCCCAGUCCAAGCGCAGAGUCUCCCACUCCCCCCCGCCAAAGCAGAGGAGCUCCCCCACUGCGAAGCGGCGCUCCCCUUCCGUAUCCUCCAAGCACAGGAAGGGGUCUCCUCCCAGCAGAUCCAACAGGGAAACACGUUCUCCACCACAAAACAAAAGGCAUUCACCUUCACCACGGCCUCGAGCUUCCCACCCCUCGUCCAGCCCUCCGCCGCCGCGCCGGGGAGCGUCGGCGUCGCCGCAGAGGAGACAGUCCCCCUCACCCAGCAGCAGGCCCAUCAGGAGGGUGUCCAGAACGCCAGAACCCAAGAAAACAAAGGCUUCCACCCCCAGCCCCCGGCGCGUGUCCUCGUCCCGCUCUGCGUCAGGGUCACCCGAGACGGCUCCCAAGAAGCACCAAGGCCCUGCCUCUCCUGCCCGCUCGCGCUCUCCCUCUGCAAACUGGUCACCUGCAAAGAAGGCCAAGAGCCCCACGCAGAGCCCCUCACCUGCCCGGAAUUCAGAUCAAGAAGGUGGUGGCAAGAAGAAGAAGAAAAAGAAGGAUAAGAAGCAUAAAAAGGAUAAAAAGCACAAGAAACACAAAAAGCAUAAGAAGGAGAAGGCUGCAGCAGCUGCAGCAGCUGCUGCUGUAGUCGCAGCAGACACCACCUCAGUACAGGGAGACCAGGAAGCAGAGACAGAACCCAAAAAGGAGACAGAAAGUGAACCCGAGGACAACCUGGACGACCUGGAGAAGCACCUGCGGGAGAAGGCGCUGAGGUCCAUGAGGAAGGCGCAGGUGUCCCCCCCCUCCUAGGCCACCCUUUGAUAUAAUGUACAUUUUAUUUGGUUUGUACUCAGAACUCAAUUUCAAAUUGCUAAAUGUGUUUGAGCUUUAGGAUAUAACAUUUGUUGUAAUAAUUGCUAGGUUGAGGUUCACCAUGUACAAAGGGCAUGGAUUUACAUUACAAAAGGUGUCCACAGUGUACUAGUGACAUUCUUUCAUUGACAGCAUAAUUUCAUUUAGGGUGAGACUUUCUAGAAGCAGUAGGAAUUUGUUUUGGAGGUUUCAGACAUGACCAUCAGUUCCCUCAUUUCUUUGAAAUCCAACAGAGCCUUGAGCAGAAUUUGUGAGGGUCUCAUUUGACUUCUUUUGUGUCACUUACAUGAUGCUACUAACCUUUGUGGUUUGUAGGCUUGCCCAGGAGUAAAACCACUGCAGAAUUCAAGGAAGUACAUCUCUAUUUUAAUGCUUUCUACUGUUGCCUGUAUAGUCUCCAUUAAAGCCAAUCAAGAAUAGCAAUUUAGAGUGGUACAUAAAUGAAAGCAUGUUGUUUACCAGGACACUGUGGGUUUAUAUUGAUGUAAAAUGUUGAUUUGGAACACUGGAAUUUCAUUUGUAUUUUUAUGUUCUUUUUUUAAAGGGCAGUUUCCAUGAUCAGCAGUCCCAGACAAAAAAAAAAUAAUAAUUCCUUCAGUUCCAUAAAUUUUGUUUGUGAGCUGUCGUUGCCCCAUUCAUAAAUCUUGUCUCGUUACGGUUCUUCGGAGUGGUCUGAGCAACUUUCAGAGCUGUGUUCUUUGAAAGUUUAGAGGAACCUGAACUUUGGAUAUUGUCAUGUUUUCACUGUUCUUUGUUUUUGUUUUUUUAACUAAAGCUAUAUAAAGCUUGUGGAUUAAACAAAAUAAAUUUCUAAAUUUAAACAGA